CUUUUGCUUUUUGUGAUCAGUGACACAGAGAUGGCGGGUACGAGAAUCACAAACAUCCAGACUGCUAACAAGCAGCUACCUCAAAGUUCAGCAGCUCAAGACUCGGUGCAGAUACGCAUAAAGAGCUCCAAGAGCUCUGGAGACAGACUCAGUCAGUCCAAGUCCAUGGUCCUUCAGGAUUCUGACCUGCCUCAGAAAUCAAUCUCCCGGCAUCGCAGAAAUCAGUCUCAGCACAAUGUGGUUAUCCCAGGAGGCGGAGCUUCCAUUUUAAAACCACUGGUGGAGCUGAAAGCUGAACACUUGAACAUGGCUAAAAUCUCAGAGAGCGGUAAGAAGCAAAGGAAGAACUGGACUCAGAUGUGGAGCGUGCUGACCGCAGAACAGCUUCUGUUUAAUAAAGAACGACAACAAGAAUCCAGCCAGAAAACAGGAAGUAAGACGGAGGUGGUCCACCUGUGUGGAGCUGUUAUUGAGUGGACAACAGAGAAGUCCAGCAGGAAAAAUGUCUUUCAGGUCAUAACAAACACAGGAAGUGAAUACCUCCUCCAGGCCGACAAUUACACCACCGCCACUAAAUGGUUUGAUGCCAUCAGAAAGAGCGCGGACGCUUUGACCAAAGCAGACGGAGGGUUUUCUCUGCGCAGGUCAAACAGCUCAGAUUACCUGCCCAGACACAGCUCCCUACCUGGACACGGUUCUGCCUCCCCCAGCAGCAAGCAACACAACCCUGUGCACAGACGCUCCAUCAACAUGUUUAGCAACUCAAAGCUAAAACACAGCACGUCUGACAGCGCCGACAAAAAUGGAGUGAAGAACAGGCUGAAGAAGUUCAUCAUCAGACGUCCGUCCAUGAAGACUCUUCAGGAAAAAGGCCUCAUCAAAGAUCGAGUUUUCGGCUGUCCCCUGUCAACGCUCUGCCAGCGUGAAGGAAACAGCGUGCCCAGGUUCGUACAGAUCUGUGUGGACGCCGUGGAGAAGAGAGGUCUGGAGGUAGACGGGAUCUACAGGGUCAGUGGGAACCUUGCCACUAUUCAGAAACUUCGCUUCAUCAUCGAUCAAGAAGAGGACCUUGACCUGGACCACAGUCAGUGGGAGGACAUCCACGUGGUCACCGGAGCCCUGAAAAUGUUUUUCCGUGAGCUUCCUGAACCGUUGUUCCCCUUCAGGUUCUUUCAGCUGUUUGUGGAGGCCAAUAAGAUCAAAGAAUGCAAACAGAAAGUUCAGGCUAUGAAGAAACUGAUCCUCGAGCUGCCAAAACCCAAUAAGGACACUAUGAAGCUGCUCUUCAGCCACCUGCACAGGGUUUUGGCAUUUUCCAGGAAGAACCUGAUGUCCACUCAGGGCAUCGGCAUCGUGUUCGGCCCCACCCUGAUGUGGCCCGAGCUGGACGCAGGAAACAUGGCCGUCAACUUGGUCUACCAAAACCAGAUCAUAGAGUUCAUCCUGAUUGAGAGCCGGGAAAUCUUCAACCUGUGAUCAGCUGAUGGACUCAUCAUAUUCAAGUUAAAAUUUAACACAUCACCAAAAAACAGCUGGUUUGGACUGCACUGUAAAAAUACGCUGAAGAUUUAUGAUCAAAUAAAGUCUGAAGAAUUAGAUCAGUGA